GCCAUCCGCCUGUGUCCAUCCGUCGCCACCUUCUGGACCAACCGCGCUCUGUGCCACAGGCAGCAAGGCGACUGGCUUCAGGUGGAGCAUGAUUGUGUGAGGGCGAUUGAGCACGACAAGAAAUCUGUGAAGGCGCACUUCUACCUGGGAACGGCCCUGACGGAGCUCGCUCGCUACCCCGAGGCUGCUCAUGUGCUCGAAAGGGCAGUGGAGAUCAUUCGGGAUGAUGCAGUGCUGGGCAGCAGCAGAGGGAACCUGAACGAUGUGUGGAAUGCCAUGGCCACUGCCAGGUAUCGGCAGUGGGAGGUGGAAGUAUCAAUGCGAAAGAGGAAGCAGCAGCAGCUGAGGGCUUUCCUAGGGGAGCUGCUGAAGGAGCAAUUGCAGGCAGACUUGGCUGCAAUCACAGGGUCUAAACCGCUUCCAAUCCAGCAGGACGCCCUUCAAACCCUAGAGGCGCUGCUGAGGGAAGACUCCUCCUCCUCCUCUUCCUCCUCCUCCACUCCCCCACAUUCACCUUCGUUACAGUCACAUUCGGUAAGAAACGCCACGUCAGCAGCAAGAGAAGCUGGCACGUCAGCAGCAUCGUCAUCAGGCGCAGGAGGGGCGGAGCAAGGGCCGCUAUCGCCUCAGAUGCCAAGAGGAGGGUGCUUCUCCCACGGGUUCCCUGGCAGCUGCUGUUGCCCCAUGCCCUCCCAAGCUCCACACACCAAUCCUGCUGCUGCUGCUGCUGCUGCUGCUAGGGACUCCGCUGCUACUGCUGCUGCUGCUGAUAGGGAUUUGGCUACUGCUGCUGCUGCUGAUAGGGAUUUGGCUACUGCGUCAGCAGCAGCACACGGCAGGGAUUAUCCUGACGUGGGUGGAGCAGCAGAAUCAUCAUCAUUAGCAGCAGCAGCAGCAGCAGCAGCAGCAGCAGCAGCAGCAACAGCAGCCGAAGCAGCAACAGCCUCAGAAGGCACGGCAUUGUCAAAUUCAGCAAUUGUAGUGGCAGAAGGAGCAGCCUUAGAAGGGACGGCGGUUGCGGCAGCAGCAGUUGCAGUAGAACCAAGGGAAACAGGAGGAAGAGGAGGAGGAGGGGGAGAUGAUGGAUUAGCAGCCACAGUAGCAGAAGCUGAGGGUGCAAAUGCAGCAGUGCAGCUUCGGCCUGCAGAGAGACGUGACUAUAACGAGGACAGAGUGGACGGGUGUUGCACGAGUGACUAUAUCGGAGAGGCUUGUACAGAAAUCCUAGCAGGCAAUGCCACGUCAGCAAUAGAUUCCAUGUCAGCCAUGGAUGCCACGUCAGCAGGGCCUGCAGGUCGGGAUGCAGCAGAGGGUGCUACAGCAAUGGAGGAGACGGCUUCUCUGCUGCUCCAGUCGUACAUUGAGAAAGCUGAGGUGCUGAGCAAUGUGUUUCGACUGGCACAAUCAGAGGAUACUCCUGGAGAGUUAUACAGUGAGAAAGCAGAGGUGCUGAGCAAUGUGUUCAAUCUAACACAAUCAGAGGAUACUCCUGGAGAGAAAGCAGAGGCGCUGAGCAAUGUGUUCAAUAUAGCACAAGCAGAGGAUACCCCUGGCGAGCUACCAGAGCACCUGUCGUUUCGGAUCAUGCUCGACAUUCUCCGCGAUCCCAUGAUAACCCAUCUUCAAGCGUCUUACCUGCCUGUGUUUAAACCUUCCCGCCCUCCUCUCCUCGCUUCAUCCCCCUUCUCCCACCAGCUACCGGAGCAUCUAUCGUGCCGCAUCAUGCUCGACAUUCUCCGCGAUCCCUGUGCCCCCUGCUUCAGGCCUCUUGCCUAA